CUGAAUACACCACCCACAAGACCAAGAGAUUCGAGACUGAAGAUACCAUCGCCACAUCCAUCCCCGUGUCCUGCUUUACCUAAUACGGAGUGCCAAGAUAUUUCAUCCAACUCACAAGGCGAAUUAUCCCCGCCGCGUCCUUCUGUUUCAGUAGUAGAAGAUAUUUACUCGUCUACACCCCGCACACACGUCAAGACUGAUUAGAAUCACGAAAAGGUUACGAAAAGGUUCUCUGACGUCUUGGGAGCUUGAGGAGCAGACGGAGACUGCAAAGCCUGAUGGAGGAACCGUGGAGAGCCUCCCCUGGACGACAAAGACAAGAAGCCGUCGGCAGGUCUGCUGAUGCACAGACGGCUCCAUCUACUGGCGGGUUCAAAUUCGUGAAUUUGUCUAAUCCGGAAAGUCUCUAUACGGAUGAGGGUAUUAGAACGGAAAUUCGUCGACAUGUGAUGAAAGAUAUUGGCCAACAACGGAGACGACGCCGACCAAAAGCAAAAUCUUCAAAAGCCACUCCUGCUUCUGAUCAACCCCCGGCCGAGGGCACGUCAUCAACUCGGAGCGAAAAUAGGAAGGGUAUUUUACCAAGCCAAUCCCUGGUGCCGCUUGGCUGUCUCCCCAUUGAAGCCAAUGCUCGUGUCCGAGAGCUACUCCAUUUUAAUAAUGCGUCCUCUCACAUCUAUCAACCGCUAAACAAAGUUUGGUUUCAGCUUGCAUUGACAGAUGCGGGUGCUCUCCAUGUAACCCUUGGGAAUACGGCUACCUUCUUAGCAAAGCUCAAGGGGGAUGAUAACCCAAUGAAGAACCCGGAGAUAAUAAACCACUUUUCCAGCUCAGUCAUGCUUUUGAGGCGACGACUUACUAGCCCUACCGAAAGUGUGAGAGAAGGGACGAUCACCAAUAUUUUAGCUCAUGUCUGCUUCAGCAUACGACAUGGCGACUGGGACAGCUGGAGUGUCCACAUGUAUGGUUUAAGACUCAUCUCAAAUUUGCGGGGUGGAUUAGUCGAUCUAGAGCAUCCCAUGCCCACUCUUAUUCUUUUUUACGACAUAGCUGGGAGCAUGGUCUUCGAUUCCUUCCCUCGCUUUCCACUUCCUCCAGAUAUCCUCGCUGGACGAACGCGAUCGAUUCGCGAUGUGCCGUACAGACUACGGGCAUUGCUUGUUCAGAUAGAACAGAUGCCUCCCUACAUAUCGAUCGUAGGCGACGCCUUGCAAAUGUUAUCUUCCAUUGCGGAUGUGAUCAACCGCGGUAGCCACUCUGCAUUAUUCUGGGAAAAGGACAUCGAUGCCAUCACCUUACUCGGCCCUUGCAUCCACUUCUUGCUAUCCAUGCCUAGGCUACCAAAUGAUUUUGACACCCUACCUCAGGCUAGUGAUCUCAUAAUGAGAGAGAUCCUGCGACUGGUUGGUCUGUUGAUCAUGUCGAGGCUGAAAGCGAUGUUCGGCUUACCUUCGAGUGAGCGAGCAGCCAUUCAGGCCAAAUUAAGCGACCUAGUUGCUCGACAUGCGACAAGUCUUGAAGAAAGACACUUCGAAUUGAAAGUCUGGGCUCUUGUCACAGCUGCCUUGUUGCAGAGCCGCGGCGAAAGAGGUGUUUAUGUACAUGAGAUCCAGGGAGUGGUGAGUGGGAUGGUCAAUCAAUCCCCAAGAGAAGUGAUUGAACUUGCCGAGGAGAUGAUUUGGAUCAACAUUCUGGAAUCCCCCAAUGUUGAAAGCCUACUACAAGAGGUCAAUUUGUUUGCAUUUGGCGAUGAUGGUGUUUGAAACAACUGGGCAGUGGGCGACAAGAAUCACCAAAGCUAGCUGAAAGUGCACACAAUGAUAAUACUUUGGUAAACAGAA